AAACAUACAAACUUAUCACCUCCCAUCACCAUCAUGAUUCGCCGCCAAGCUCGCGAACGCCGCGACUACCUCUACCGGCGUGCUCUCACCCUUCGUGAUGCGGAGAUAGCGGAGAAGCGUGCAAAAUUAAAGGCCUCGCUGGCCAGCGGCAAGCCAUUGCCAGCGGAAAUUGCCAACGAUAAAGAGCUGCGAAAGGAUUUCCAAUAUGACGAAUCGCGUGCGGACCGAACCGCGGAGGAAGAGCUUGAGCUCGACGACGAAUAUGCGCAACUCAGCGGCGUUGUCGAUCCCAGAGUCUUGGUGACCACUUCAAGAGAUCCCUCUUCGCGACUGUCCUCUUUUGCCAAGGAGAUCCGUUUGCUUCUGCCGACCGCUAUCAGACUGAAUCGUGGCAACCUGAUUCUGCCGAAUCUGGUUCAGUCGGCAAACACCUCAGGUCUCUCGGACAUUAUCCUAUUACAUGAGCAUCGAGGCACGCCUACCGCUCUGACUGUUUCACAUUUUCCUCAUGGACCGACGGCAUCUUUUUCCCUGCAUAAUGUCGUAUUGCGACAUGACAUUCCCGGUGCGGCCAGAGGAACUGUCUCCGAGAGCUACCCUCAUCUCAUCUUUGAAGGAUUCACAAGUCGGCUAGGCCAGCGAGUAGUAAAAAUCCUCAAGCAUCUCUUCCCGCCGCGAGACGGCCCACGGGUCGGUAACCGGGUGGUUACGUUCAAGAAUAUCGAGGACAGCAUCGAAGUGCGACAUCACGUUUUUGUCAAGACUGGGUACCAAUCUGUCGAACUCGCCGAGGUGGGACCCCGCAUGACGAUGCGACUUUUCGAGAUCCGGGGCGGCACAUUGGAGAACAAGGACGGCGAUGUAGAGUGGCACAUGAACCAAUACACGAGGACGGCUAAGAAGAAGGACUACCUUUAA